AGUCUCAGCCUUUUAUUCAAUAGAGCACACUCAUUUCGAUAGUUGGAGCAAAAUCGGUAAUUCAAACACACUACAGCAAUUAAAUUUAAAAAAUGUCCUUGAACAAUUGGACCCGUUCCUGCCUGAAGGCUCGGCGCCUGGCGCUCUGCACCAACCAUAUGUCGCGCUGCAAAUCGGACUACUCAAAGACCAUUUGCAAUUUGAAGAUUAGCAAGGAUACCAAGCUGCUUGUGCAGGGCUUCACCGGCAAGCAGGGCACCUUUCACUCUGAGGAGGCUAAAAAGUAUGGCACUCAAAUUGUAGGCGGAACAUCGCCCAAAAAGGCCGGCACAACUCAUAUGGAUUUGCCCGUGUUCAAGAACGUUAAGGAGGCCGUCAAGGCAGUAAAGCCGGAUGCAACGGUCAUUUUCAUACCGCCGGCCUCAGCAGCUGUUGGCAUUUGUGCUGCCAUUGAGAACGAGGUUGGACUAAUUGUGGCCAUCACAGAGGGUAUUCCACAAGUGGAUAUGGUACGCAUUUUACAGAUGCUUCAUAGUCAAGAGAAGUCUCGCUUGCUGGGACCCAAUUGUCCAGGAAUUAUAUCUCCAGGCCAGUGCAAGAUCGGCAUCAUGCCCGGCCACAUCCACAAGCGCGGCUGCGUGGGUAUCGUCUCGCGUUCCGGUACCCUCACCUAUGAGGCAGUACAUCAGACUACCAAUGUGGGCUUGGGACAGACCCUGUGCAUCGGCAUUGGCGGGGAUCCCUUCAAUGGCACCAAUUUCAUAGAUGCCCUGAACAUCUUUCUCUUCGAUAAGGAGACAAAGGGAAUUAUACUUAUUGGUGAAAUCGGUGGCUCCGCCGAGGAAGAAGCGGCCGACUUCUUAAAGGCCAACAACUCGGGCUCGAAUGCAAAGCCUGUGGUGGCAUUCAUAGCCGGCGUAACAGCCCCACCGGGACGCCGUAUGGGCCACGCUGGUGCCAUCAUAUCCGGCGGCAAGGGUGCCGCCUCAGACAAACUGAAAGCCCUUAAAGCCGCUGGUGCAUUGAUUGCCCUCAACCCCAACCACCUUGGCUCGAUUCUUCACAAGGAGAUGGUGCGCAAGAAGCUGGUUAGCCCCCAAGAAGUGAAGGCGUGAGUAUCGAUGGCAGCCGCUUAGGCGAAAAGCUAUUAACUGAUGUAUGCUUCAACUUCAUUGCGGAUUCGUGAUUCUGGUUAUUAAUAACGUUCAAUUAUCAAGACUUGCCUAACAAAAAGCACAAACAUAUCAUUGAUGUACACACUCUUGGCCAAAAGGGCUCCCAAAUUACCUAAAGCAAACACAAAAGGAACAAAGCCCAUUUAAAUUAUGUUUUAAGGUUGGUCGAAAAGCCACACAUUAUCAUGAGACUGACAUAAUCUUGCAUAGUUUAUAUAAUAAAAAUAUUAUAUCACGUUUUCAAAGCUACAUGAAAAUGUGUAUGGAGUGCUUGAAGCUGAUGGAGGCAAAGCGCCGAUUCGAA